AUGAAUCAGCUGGGUAAUAACUGUGAAAAUUAUCCAGAUGGAUGUUUAUAUAAAGGUCGCGGUCCACUACAACUAACACACAAAAGUAAUUAUGAAAAAGCAGGAGAAGCAUUGGGUUUAGAUUUGGUUGGUGAUCCUGAUCAAGUUGCUGAACCAGAAGUAGGUUUCAAAGUUGCAGUUUGGUUUUGGAAUGAUCAUAAUCUAAACUCGUUGGCUGAUGAAAAUACGUUAGAUGCCUUCAAGAAAAUUACUAAAAAAAUCAAUGGUGGACAAAAUGGUGCACAAGAACGAGAACGAUAUUGGCAAAAAACAGGAGAAGUAUUGGGAUGUGCUGAACGAAAGAAAAGUAAACCUUUACCAUUCCAUAUAGUGUAG